AUGGGAGACCCCCGAGAGUCCUCAUCCUACUCGGUCGUGCCGAGGAUCCAGUACAACACCGUUGGAGGUGUGAACGGUCCUUUGGUCAUUCUGGAGAAUGUCAAAUUUCCGAGAUACAACGAGAUCGUCACAUUAACUCUUCCCGAUGGAAGUCAACGAUCUGGUCAAGUCCUUGAGGCUCGAGGCGAUCGUGCUGUCGUUCAGACCAAAGUCGAGUUCACGGGUCAGAGCUUGAAGCUUGGUGUCUCCGAGGAUAUGUUGGGCCGAAUCUUCGAUGGUUCAGGCAGGGCUAUCGACAAAGGCCCAAAGGUGCUUGCCGAGGAGUACUUGGACAUCAACGGCAGCCCUAUCAACCCAUAUUCUAGGGUCUAUCCCGAGGAGAUGGUAUCCACCGGUAUCUCCGCCAUCGACACAAUGAACUCGAUCGCUCGAGGGCAGAAGAUCCCCAUCUUCUCAGCAGCCGGUCUACCUCAUAACGAAAUCGCUGCUCAAAUCUGCCGACAAGCUGGUCUGGUUCAGCGAGAGGGUAUCACAAACAAGGGUGUGCACGACGGUCAUGAAGACAAUUUCUCGAUUGUCUUCGGAGCUAUGGGUGUCAACUUGGAAACCGCCAGAUUCUUCACCCGAGACUUUGAGGAGAACGGAAGCUUGGAGCGCACUACGCUCUUCCUCAAUCUUGCCAACGAUCCAACCAUCGAGCGUAUCAUCACUCCCCGUCUCGCCUUGACUACCGCCGAAUACUACGCAUACCAGCUGGAGAAGCACGUUCUGGUCAUUCUUACCGAUCUUACUUCGUACUGCGAUGCCCUGCGUGAAGUUUCAGCGGCCCGUGAAGAAGUUCCCGGUCGUCGUGGUUACCCUGGUUACAUGUACACAGAUUUGUCAACCAUUUACGAGCGUGCUGGUCGUGUCGAGGGUCGCAACGGGUCCAUCACACAAAUUCCCAUUCUGACCAUGCCUAACGAUGAUAUCACCCACCCUAUCCCUGAUUUGACGGGAUAUAUUACCGAGGGCCAAAUCACCAUCGACAGGAGUCUGCAGAAUCGUGGCAUCUACCCUCCCAUCAACGUCUUGCCAUCCCUCUCUCGUCUCAUGAAGUCUGCCAUUGGCGAGGGCAUGACUCGAAAGGACCAUGGAGAUGUAUCCAAUCAGCUAUACGCCAAGUACGCUAUUGGUCGUGAUGCCGCUGCCAUGAAGGCUGUCGUUGGUGAGGAGGCCCUGUCGGCUGAAGACAAGCUGUCAUUGGAGUUCCUUGAGAAGUUUGAGCGGACUUUCAUCAGCCAAGGACAAUAUGAAUCACGAAGCAUCUAUGAGUCGCUGGAUCUCGCGUGGAGUUUGCUGCGUAUCUACAGGAAGGAUAUGUUGAACCGUAUCCCCAAGAAGAUCAUCGACGAGUACUACCAGCGGACAGCUGGGGACCGAAAGGGCAAGGGCAAGGCACCGGCACAGGAUAAGCCAGCCGAGGAGGAGAACCUGAUUGACGCAUAA